AAACACGGAAAUCAAAAAUAGGAACCGUUGCCUUGGCUGUAUGUUUCAAGUCGAACAGAUUUGCAGGACGGACCUAGGAGCAAUAGCAGUGCUGAUCAUUUCGGUAGCCUGAGGAAAAGCCAGCCGUCAGCUGUGUGAACAUCAACCUGUUGAACCAGAAAUGCCCAAAAAGAAAACAGGAGCCCGGAAAAAGGCCGAGAGUCGUAAGGAGCGAGAGAAACAGAGUCGAGCCAACCGGGAACAUGUUGAAGUGGCCAAACACCCCUGCAACUCCAACAUGGAAUGUGACAAAUGUCAGAGAAAACAGAAGAACAGAGCUUUCUGCUACUUCUGCAACUCGGUGCAGAAGCUGCCUGUCUGCGCUCAGUGUGGCAAAACCAAGUGCAUGAAGUCAUCAGAUUGUGUCAUCAAACAUCCUGGGAUCCACAGCACUGGGAUGGCCAUGGUGGGAGCAGUGUGUGACUUCUGUGAAGCUUGGGUGUGCCAUGGCAGGAAAUGUUUGAGCACUCAUGCCUGUGCGUGUCCUCUGACUGAUGCAGACUGCAUUGAGUGUGAACGUGGUGUCUGGGAUCAUGGAGGGCGUAUUUUCCGCUGUUCCUUCUGUCAGAACUUCUUGUGUGAGGAUGAUCAGUUUGAACACCAGGCAAGCUGCCAAGUCCUUCAGGCAGAAACAUUCAAAUGUGUUUCCUGUAACAGAUUGGGGCAACACUCUUGCCUGCGCUGUAAGGCCUGUUACUGUGAUGACCACGCCAAGAGUAAGGUCUUCAAACAGGAGAAAGGCAAAGCGCCACCGUGCCCCAAGUGUGGCCACGAGACCCAGGAGACCAAAGACCUCAGCAUGUCCACUCGCACGUUGAAGUUUGGCCGCCAGGCCGGUGCCGACGACGACGAUUAUUACUGUGAUGGAGCGUCAGGGUAUGAUUCCUACUGGAAGAAUCUAGCGUCCGGAAGCAGGGACCAAGAAGACGACUACGGCGAGGAUGACGACUAUGAGGAAGAUGAGGAUGACGAGGAUGAUGAUGACGAGGAGGAAGAGGAAGAGGAGGAAGAGGGCGAAGAGGAAACGGCUGCUGAUUCCCUGGCUGGUCUCAAAUUGGAUGGGACUGCUGCCUGAAAUGGGACAAAGACUGGGGAUCCUCAGUGGAUGUUCACAAGUCAGGAAUGAAUAAGGACUUGAAUGUAAACUGAGAAUUCCCAUAGUUCUUUCAAAUCCUGUUUAUUCAUUUCAGUGUUAAAUAUUCAAAUGUUAACUUUGAUCUAAACACAUCAUUGCCUAAAUAAAAUACUCUAAAACUAGCAAAACUUUGAUUUUACAUCAAAAACUAUCUGAUUGGAGAUCAAGGAAACAAGACAUCAUUGAUCAAACUUCCAACAUCAUCUUUCAGUAGGUAGUUUUUAAUACCAGACAUAUUUUUUUCUGUACCAAAAAAAAUAUAUUGAGGUUCGAUACCCAGCACUAGAGAUGACUUGUUUUCCCAUUUUUGUGUCUUCUUGACCUCCUGUUUGUGGUGAUUUGGCUAAACACAAAUGUAUUUGGUAGUAUGCAUAUAUCCUGUAAAAUAUAAUAAAGAGCCCCUCCAUAA